AAUACUAUCAAAUAGAAUGCCCCAUCUGGUUGCAUUCAAGAGUUAGACUGAUCUAUAUUUUUACAGCAGAGAGAAAAUAUUUUACUUUUGCUGAAGGGGUGGGAUGUGAUGUCCAGUUAGAAAGUUUAGUCAUCCGUAAGUUUAAAAAGGCAUUUCUGCUUCUCGUGCGUUCAACUUUUAAUAGGUAUUAAAUAGAAUGUGCAGGUUGGCUUUUUCCCCUAAGGCAUCAAAAAGUACAGAAUUUCAUUCAGAUUUGAUAUCAAUCAAAAUUGGCUCCAUUACUUGCAAAUUCUUUAAGAAACAUGACUGAAGGUUGCUUUUUGAACUUUCCCAAUUUGUCUUUUGCUGAAUGAUGUAGAAUCUUUAUUAAGGUAACUGCAGAAUGUUUAAAUAAGCGCCACAGCAUUCCUGACUGAAAACUAUUCUUCACACCCCUUGUCUAAUCUUUAAACCAAAAAAUGCAUUGCAUCAACUGAGAGUAAUGCAGCGAAAAUUUAUAAGUACACUUGUACUAUGAAGUAUUGCUGUGAAAUAAUGAACAUUUACUGAAUGGUUUCAUGUAUGCCACAGACAGUUGGAGUCUUGAUCUUAAUAAAUGUAUGAUUUGAGAGGACUUUCAGGAGUGGAAUGUUAUUAGAUUUGCUGAAAGAUUAUAGAAUGUUAAACUGACUGCUCGAUUUUAGUUCUCAUGAAAAUUUCACAACUUUGUGUAAGGAAACAAUUGAUUAUAUGCUUCAAUAGAGUAUUUUCAGAUUGAAACUCUAGUGGUAGAGACUCAAAAUCAGUAGACCUUCAAUCAGCCUUCACAGGUUUUAUCUGGUGUAAUGUUUUUUCUGUUGAUGGCACGUGCUUGGGGGUCCAAGCAUGUGUUGGGUGCCUUGCAACCAAUCACUGCAUAGCAUUAGGUGGUGGCAGAGGGCUGGCCAUUUAGAAGACCGCUGUAAUCCAUAAUCCACUUAGAGGCAUCAAACAUUGUGUAAUAAGGUAAGCAAAUGUAGCAAGGAAAGGCAGCCAGUUUGCUUCUCUUAGGUGAAUCAAGAAUAGAGUCAGACAGUUUUUCCUCGUAAGCUUGAACAUCCUAAGCAGAAAAACACAAGGUGUGGUUCUGUGGGAAGAGCUACCCAGCUAGCUUUCCAUCUUUUCCAUUUGACGUCACGUGUGAAUGUGGAUGUUUUCUCCCAGGGAUAAAAAUGAACUGCCUCGAUGAAGUUUCCUUCAAGGUCCCCAUGGGGUCUCUGGAGGGGACUCUGGAGGAGGUGGAGCUUGUCACUGCGCCAGAGCUCUGCUUACCCGACUACCUUCAGAUACUGCGGGAGACGGAGUAUGAGUUCAGCAUUGAGAAAUGGGUGCUGAGAGGACUACAGAGGAGUUACCCCAGCGCUCCACAAAUGCAACUGCCUCACUCCCGCUCUGAAGUGGUGGCGUCCUGUCCCCCAUACUGGCUGAUGUUCAGCAGUCCCCAGGAGAGCCGGCUGGCCAGACGCAGGAGCAGCGACCUCUGGGAGCCCACGCUCCGCCAGAGGAGCCGCAGCCUCAACGCCGCAGACCUGCGCUACAUGCACCCCAGGGUCAAGUUCCUCAUUUCAGACUCGGAGGGGGACGAAGGCUACUCCGAGGAUGACGAGGGCUCGUCCACUGAGGAGGACAAAUCGACCAUCCAUGAAGACGCAGAGCGGCCGCCCAGCUCUGCACUCAGACGCCAGUUCCACGGCCUCAAAGACCUGGGGCCUUCCUCUCGAAACCUGAACCCUCCAUCCCCGCGAAACGUGGCCCACCUGAGGAAAAGCUCCUCUUCCUCCUUCCACGAAUUUCGCAAAAACUCACUGGAAAGGCCCAGGACGAGCAGCCCCCAGCGCCAAGGCCAGAGGCGCCCGACAAGGAGGCUGCAUUCGCUGUCCCGCUCAAGCCGCCAGCACUCCCUCAGCCCCCAGCCGCCAUCUUCAUCGCCCCCCUGCCACUUACAGCCCAGGCCUGCCACCGCCGGACACAUCCCCUCCAUCAAGAGCCACAAGCCCACCACACCGUCUCUUAGCCCAUACUCCUGCCUGCCACCCCCUCCCUCGGCGCCUCAUCCCCUUGGCUCCCACACAUCCGCCCCGGACUCCUCGGUGGAGCUGCUGUCGGCCCUGAGCCAAGAGGAGCAGGAGCUGCUGGAAGCCGUUACGAAGAAGGGCUACCCGCUGCGCACCGCCAUCAUCGCCCUGCAGAAGACCGGCCGGCAGAGCCCAGAGCAGAUCCUGAGCUACCUGGUGACGUGCGAUCGGCUGUGUAAGCUUGGCUAUGAUUCAGUCCAAGUGGAGGAGGCGUUGGAGAUGUUCCACAAUUGCGAGACCAAGGCUGCAGAAUUCUUGCACCUUUUGGCUCAGUUUAAUGAGAUGGGCUUCCAGCAGAAUGCCAUCAAAGAGGUGCUGCUGGUGCAUGAGAACCACUGUGAGAGAGCCCUGGAGGAGCUGAUGACACGUGUGGCAUCCUGAGACAGGAAGUCCAGUCUGUCUCACGAUGAGUGUGGAUUGGUCACCCCCUCUGGGCAAUGGAUUAAGCUGAUUUGUGCAUUAUACAUUGCACAUGUUAAAGAUGUCACAUAUCUAUAAAACAAUAAAUGUAUCUGUGAACAAUUAUGAUGGACAGGUGCUUUAUAAGAAAAGCUUAAGCAUCAGCUCAUUGGCAUAUUGGUUUUUCAUGAAAAAAAUGGCUGUCUAAAGAUUUGUCUUGAGAAAUGUACUAUUAUUAUUAUUGUUGUUGUUGUUGUUACUACUACUAUGACUAAUAAUAAUAAUAAUAAUAAUUGUAUCUAUGUUUUAUAUUUAUUUGUUCACUUUGCACUUUGAAUAACAGAUAUAUUAUUGUAAUAACACAGAAGUCCAAGGAAUGUUUUUUUCCUGUAGCAUUACCCAUAAGGGGCAUGCAGGCCAUAUGUGUGCUGAGUUUACAAUGUGACUUUUUAAAUGUACCAACAGUUGUGUAUGAACAUAGCACAACUGAGAAACUGAGAGAGGUGGUGGUAAGAGUAUAUAGUGUCGGUUAAUAUAAUUAAUCUCUCUGCAUUGCUCCUUGUGCCCACACCAACCAAUGAGGUGCAAAGUGUAAUGCCAAAAGUGUUAAUCAUCCACCUGAAAUUUGACCCCAUGUAGAGGCAGGCCUGUUAUAUAUUCCAAUGAUCCCAAUGCUCAUCUUCUACGACACCAUGCCUGGAAUUAAUAAUAAUAGCUCAAAUAAUAGCUGCCAGCUGGUCUUUUUCUCAUGAGUAUUUGGUGUAGAUGAUGCUCUAAAUAUUAUUUCUGGGUAGGCUAUAUAAAAUGUCUUGAUUUUACAAUGUAUUUGCUAAAUUAAUGCAACUAUAUUAUAUUUAUACUGCAUAUUUUCAAAUUGCUGAUGAUUUCAAAACAUUGUAUGUGAUCUUAUAUUUCAAACGGGAUCACAACUCUUUUUAUAUUGGAUUUUACAUUGGUAUAUAUACAACAAUACAGUUGCAUCAAGAGAAUUUGAAUGUAGAGGUUGUAAAAAUGUCACAAAAAGAAAUCAAAUAAAAUAUUAAAAAUAAUUUUCAGAAAUUUUGAUUCUGAAUCACUGUAUUUUGUUUUUCUUACAUUUUUCUAGCAUGUGAAACCCAAUAUGAAUCUGUUGAUAAGACUAUGGGUUUCCUUCCAGACAUUUGCUGUCAUUACUGGAAAUGUGAGCAUGCACUGGGAAACAAAACAAUCAAGUUCUGUGAGUUUAUUAUCAAAACUACAAAA